AUGUCCGUAAAAGCUGCUAUCAAAUUGCUUGAAUCGCGUCCUGUUUCAUGGUUACUGCAGAAAAAUCAGAAAUUAAGAGAUAUACGAAUACAGGGAUGGGCACGUCGAGUAGAAACACGUGGAAAAUUUUUGUUUUUGCAUAUCAGUGAUGGAUAUUCGUUGAAAACGGUGCAAGCUGUAGUACAACGUGACAUUUGUCCUAAAGUACCGGUAGGUAGUGCUGUGGAUGUCGUUGGUGAUUGGAUAAUGAGUCAAGGUAAACAGCAAAGCAUGGAAUUGUUUGCUACAAAUUGUGAAGUUGUCGGGUUGCAGCAAGGAACGUUUAGCGAACUACCCACUGAAGAAAGUUGUGCCAAUGUUACACGUAAGAAAUACCACUUACGCAUAAAGUCCAUACCAUUCAUGUGCCUGCUACGGUUACGAUCUCGAUUGGACCAGUUCAGUCGUUCUUUUUUCCAGAAAGAGUCAUUCAUCCAUGUGGAUACACCGCUCUUAACGCAUAAUGAUUGUGAAGGUGCUGGUGAUGUGUUUACGGUUCAGGCGGAUAAGCGAAGUUAUUUUGGUGACCAAGCAAUUUAUUUACCAGUUUCAAGUCAGCUGCAUUUGGAAUCAUUUAUUGGUAGCCUACCGAAAGUAUACACAAUAGCACCUGCAUUACGUGCUGACCAUUCGCAGACUCGACAACAUUUGGCAGAAUUUCGAAUGUUGGAGGCAGAAUAUGCGUUUGCGGACGAUUUAGAGCAGUUAUGCGAUUUAGUAGAGCGUUAUAUCAACUAUGUGAUUGAUGAAAUGCUUAGUUGUGAUGCUGAGGAAAUCAAUUCAAUGAUGCAAGUCUUUUGCGAUGAGAGUGCAAAACUGCAGUCACUUUUGUGGAUUAAUAGUUCUCGAAAGCCAUUUCCCCGUAUGCAUUAUGAUGAAGCGGUUACAAUACUGCAAAAUAAGGGUGAAAUGAUACCUGGAGGUCGAUUUAGCAAGGAAAACGAAUUAACCAUGGUGCGAUACUGUGCUGGCCCAUUGUUUAUCCUCCGCUAUCCGCAUAUACAGAAGCCGUUCUACAUGAAACGUUGUGGCAAUUAUGCGGAAUGUUUCGACUUAUUGGCGUCGUUUGUUGGUGAAUUAGCUGGUGGUUCUCUGAGGGAAUCAGAUUCAGAAGAACUCCGUCGCCGUGGAUGCGAUGAUUCAUUGGAUUGGUAUUUGGAAAUGAGGCGACACGGGCAUCCACCCAGUGCGGGAUUCGGCAUUGGUCUAGAACGUUUCAUGCAAGCUUUGUUCGGUAUCCUAAACAUUAAAGACACAGUGGCAUUCCCGAGAUGGUACAAGCACUGCCCAAGCUAA